AUGUCGACAUAUAAACUCUAUUAUUUCAAUGGACGUGGUCGUGCCGAAGUAUCGCGUUUAAUAUUUGCUGCUGCUGGUCAAAAAUAUGAAGAUAUUCGUUAUGAACGUGAUCAAUGGCCAUCACAUAAAAGUGAAAUGCCUUUAGGUCAAAUUCCUGUUCUCGAAUUUGAUGGAACAAAAUUACCACAAUCAUUAUCAAUUGCUCGUUUUCUAGCUAAACAAUUUCAAUUAGCUGGUAGAGAUAAUUUUGAACAAGCUAANCUCUUCUACAGAAUCGUACACAUAACAAGCACAACACCUACCCUAUAUGCUGUAAUGGAACAAUCACGUGCCUUGGAUGAAGCAUUGAAACUCUUGACUGGAUUAGAUAAUGAUUCAACAAAACGUGCCAACAUUGUUGAAUAUGUGAGAGAAAAUGGAAGAAUUGCCGUGUUCGCUUAUGGAUCUCUGAUUUGGAAUCCUUGUGUACAUGUAGAACAGAUUAUUCCUGACUGUCUAUUGAAUGGUCACAUUAAAGGAUUCAUUUGCCAAGACUUUAUCUAUCGAGGAACAAAAGAUUUUACGAGUCUAACAAUGGGUUUAAAACCAUGUGAAGAUUGUUUCGUUAAAGGUUAUAUGUUGAUGGCUGGUGCCAAUAAAUUGAUUCCAUUCAUUGAAGCUUUUAUCAAACGUGAAACUCCGAUCAGUGUCGAUGGUACCAAGAUGGAUAUUUAUACAUAUGACUUUCUUCCUGUGAUAACGUCGGAUGGAAAAACGAUCGAAUGGGCAUUGACUUGUGUUGUUAAUAGUAACAGUCAAUUCUAUCUACCGAUGACUCUUUCCAUCAAACAACAAGCAGAUAUUAUUAGUCAAGCUUAUGGAAUUAAUGGAACCAAUUUUCAGUAUUUGCAUAACACUCUGCACACUUAUCGGCAGUUGUCUUUAAUCGAUACAUUUACUGAAGAAAUAGAAGAACUUUAUGCUGCCGUUCUUAUAUACCGUAAAUAUUUAAGCAAACAUGAACGACAAUGGCUUGAAAGUUUUGAAAAAUUGACGACGAAAGAUGAACGAAAACUAACGAUCAAAUUACGAAAGACAAACAAUAUUCGCAUGAGACAGCAAAAGUUAUUCGGUCGCUCGUAUUCAAUAGAACCCAUAGCCACCCCCAAAUAUAAUCGAAUGGUAUCUGUCUAA